CUUCCCUCUGCGGUAUCUCUGGAGAGAAGCUGCCUCUGCCAGAGCACCUGUAGGAACUUAAGCAUCAUCCCUGGAUAAGGAACGGGAUCUCCAAGUUACAUAUUACUCAGAAGGGAAGGGGAAAAAUUUAUCAUUAACUGGGCAACUCGGCCAGGAGGUAUAAGAAGAAGCUGAUCAGCCCAGAUCUGGAGGCCCUGAAACUGGCAGGAUGGCCACCCCGGCAGCUACCACUGUCCUGGCCCAACAGGAGUCCACUUCCACUCACAUCGCAAUUGCAAAUGCAGCUGACAUCUCGGUCAUUGUCAUCUACUUCCUCGUUGUCCUAGCUGUUGGCCUGUGGGCCAUGUACUCGACCAACCGUGGAACUGUCGGAGGAUUCUUCUUGGCCGGCCGGAGCAUGGUGUGGUGGCCGAUCGGGGCCUCUCUCUUUGCAAGUAAUAUCGGCAGCGGCCACUUUGUGGGCCUGGCAGGGACCGGGGCAGCUGCAGGAAUUGCCAUUGGAGGCUUUGAGUGGAACGCCCUGGUGAUUGUGGUGAUCCUUGGCUGGGUGUUUGUGCCAAUCUACAUCAAGGCCGGGGUGGUCACCAUGCCGGAGUAUCUGAAGAAGCGCUUCGGAGGGAAACGGAUUCAGAUCUAUCUGUCAGUCCUGUCUCUGCUCCUGUACAUCUUCACGAAGAUCUCGGCAGAUAUAUUUUCUGGAGCCAUAUUUAUCCAAAUCGCUAUGGGACUGAAUAUUUAUGUGGCCAUCAUCAUACUGCUGACUAUCACGGCCCUUUACACCAUCACAGGAGGACUUGCCGCCGUGAUCUACACAGACACGCUGCAGACCUGCAUCAUGUUGGUGGGAUCCAUCAUCCUGACUGUCUUUGCAUUUACGGAAGUCGGAGGAUACGAGGGCCUGGUGGAGAAGUAUAUGAAAGCAAUCCCAUCCAACAUCUCCUACGGUGACGUGAUCAUCCCCGAAAAGUGCUACACUCCCCGUCCAGAUGCCUUCCACAUUUUCCGGGACCCGGUGGACGGCGAUCUCCCUUGGCCUGGACUCAUCUUUGGCUUGAGCAUUCUGGCAUUGUGGUAUUGGUGCACUGACCAGGUCAUUGUCCAGCGAUGCCUCUCAGGGAAAAACAUGUCCCACGUCAAGGCUGGUUGCAUCAUGUGCGGCUACUUGAAGUUGCUGCCCAUGUUCCUGAUGGUGAUGCCAGGCAUGAUCAGCCGCAUUCUUUACCGAGAUAAAGUGGCGUGUGUCGUUCCCUCGGUGUGCAAGAAGUUUUGUGGGACAGAGGUUGGCUGUACAAACAUUGCCUAUCCAACAAUGGUGGUGGAGCUCAUGCCAGAUGGGCUACGAGGCCUGAUGCUCUCUGUGAUGCUGGCCUCACUGAUGAGCUCCCUCACUUCCAUCUUUAAUAGUGCCAGCACCCUCUUCACCAUGGACAUCUACACCAAAAUCCGCUCCACCGCCAAAGAGAAGGAGCUGAUGAUUGUCGGCAGGCUGUUCAUCCUGGGCCUGAUUGGCGUCAGUAUCGCCUGGGUGCCCGUGAUCCAGUCUGCGCAGAGCGGGCAGCUCUUUGACUACAUCCAAUCCAUCACCAGUUACCUGGGCCCACCCAUUGCCGCAGUCUUCUUCCUGGCCAUCUUCUGCAAGAGAGUCAACGAGCAGGGCGCCUUCUGGGGCCUGAUGGUGGGACUGUUAAUUGGGCUCUCUCGAAUGUUUGCAGAAUUUGCCUAUGGCACCGGCAGCUGCGCUGUGCCCAGUGAAUGCCCAGCAAUCAUCUGUAAAGUGCAUUACCUCUAUUUUGCUAUCAUCCUUUUUGCUGUCUCUGUCACCAUCAUUUUGAUCAUCUCAUUCCUGACCAAGCCGAUCGAUGAUGUCCAUCUUUAUCGUCUUUGCUGGACUCUGCGCAACAGUAAAGAGAAACGUGUCGAUCUGGAUGCAGGGGAGAUGGUGCAAGGAAUGGAGGACUAUGAGGAAGAGCCAGCCCAAGAGAAAGAGACCAACUGUUGCAAGAAAGCCUACAACUGGUUCUGUGGCUUGGAACAGACGGGCCCCAAGCUGAGCAAGGAAGAAGAGGAGGCCCUGCAGCAUAAGUUGACAGACACAACGGAGGAGCCCUUGUGGAGGCGCGUGCUCAACAUCAAUGCCAUCAUCUUGCUGUCGGUGGCUGUCUUCUGCCAUGGAUUUUUUGCAUAGGUCAAACAUUUUGUUUUAUUUGGGAAUGAAGACCUUGAUUGCUAAAUUGCACUGUGACAUCAUAAUCUGUAAAUCGCACCUUAUCAGACUUGAAACUCAUUUGUCAGGAGAAUCAUUUAACUCCUCCAGUUAACUGAAAACAUGACCGACUGUGAAUGCCGUUGAUUGGGAGGGGCCGUGUGGGUCUGCAGACUCUCCUCAAAGGGGACAAUCCUCAAAUGUUUUUAAUCCCUGUUUUUGGAUUGUGUUACCAAAGUGUGUGAGUGUGUGUGCGUGUCAGAAACUCUGCUUUCCAGUUGUUUUUCUCUUCUUGUUUUUUAAGUGUAUGAUUUGCACAGGAAAAGUGUGUAAGUUCAGCUACCUCAGUAGGCUGACUUUAAUAUUGUUUUGGAGGCAGAGUCUUCUAAUCUUGCCCCUCUUUAUUUAAGACUCAUGCAGAACUGUUUCUACCUGUAUUAACUUUGGAACUGGACGUAUUUGAAUUGAAUUGUUAAUACUUAGUUCAGUUAGAAUCAGCUUGAAGUGGUUUGAAUCUCUUUCCCUGGGACCAGGCAC